AAUAUAAAUUAGUAAAUUCUGCUUGUUUUCCCAUAAUGCUGUUUUUCAAUAGUGGUGUCAGUGGAUUCCAGUCCAGGACCGCAGUAUCAUGUAGAUGCCAAAAUGACACGCUUUGGCAAAGAUGGUACGCCAUCGUACUCCAUGCUGGGUAGAAAGAAGAAGACAGCUGGUUCAUUCCAGACUCCUGGACCGGGAGCCUACAGUCCUGAGAAAGCUCCACCUUUGAACUUUCACCACAGACCUCCGUCUUACACCAUGGCCUUCCGCACGCGCUACCGCAGUGUGGAUCCCGUACCCGCGCCCAACAGCUACACCUUACCCAACCUCUUCGGCUCUCACGUCCCAAACAAAUCCUCCAGCGCCAGCUUCAGCAUGUCAGCGCGCAGGACGGCCGGCGGUCCGUCGGAGGAUCUGUCCAUGACCCCAGGGCCCGGCCGCUACAACAGCACCGAUCCCAGUGUUUACUUGAACAGACAGCCUUCUUUUUCCAUGCAAAGCCGUCACAAUAUUCCCAUCGAUGCCAUGCGGAAGCCUGGCCCAGGCACGCACAGCCCGGAGAAGGUGACGGCACACCUGCCUCGCGCUCCGUCGUUCUCCCUGGGUGUCCGUCAUUCUGAGUUUGUAACGCCGCUGAUUGUUGACGUAUUAGACUGAAUUCAUGCGAUGCUAAAAACAGGAUUUGGCUGUUUAGAUGUUAAGGGAAAAAAUGAAGUGGAGUAUCAGGAACAGUCACAAUCUGCGAUAAAACGGUAUCGGUAUUAAUCAACGGUAUCGAUAGCGAUGUUCGAUAUAGACCUUCUGUAGCUCUGCCCCUUUUCAGCGCUGUGCUUUUUGUGUGAAGAUGAGAUACGAUUUAUGAAUUUUAAAAUCUGACAUUUGAUAAGACAUCUGCUUCAAACAUUACAACGCUAUUUAACAAGCUGCGUUGCUGUGAGGUUCGCCGUCGCCGUGUGACAUCAGAACACACAAACACACAGGAACAUGAGGCGAUGAGGGGAUUAUGAAUAUUAAAGGACAUGGUUUAAUCUAACAGCCAAUCACACAGCAGAAAUAAACUCGACAACAGCCAGUCAUGUUCUGUGUGUCGGUGUGAAUGAGUGCCGUAGUUUCGUCUGCUACACAAACUCAAACAAGUGUGACGCUCACUGUGUUUUCUGCUUCUGUUUCUCAAUAUAUGAAGACAUGAACUUCAUCUCCAGAGCCGCUUCUGAGAAUGACUUCACGAGAUUUUUACCGUUUCAUCUGAGAAAAACUACCGUCAAAUACACGCUGAAAAGAUCUUCAUGACAAACCAUCAAAAUUAAAGUUUGGUUUAACUUGAAUAAAUAAUGACAGAAAUAUAUUACAAUUGUAUACUAAAAUGUAGUUCUUAAAGUUAUGGUACUAAUAUUAUUAUUUUUAAAAAAUAUUUACAGUUCUGUUGUGCAGUAUCUUAUCUGAUCAAAAAUAAAAAUGCAA